CUUUAGUUAAACGUCUAUAGUAUUCAAAGUCCUUUCUUCAAUUUUCAUACUCUUCUUAACCCAACUUUUGAGAAUAUCCUUUUACAAUCUUCCCAUCUUCCGAUAUGUCAAAUACCACCCACACCACUGCUCCUAUUCCCCUCAAAUACCAAGAAGUACCCCCUACAACUGCCGACCUCGACUAUGCAGAUCUCAUUACCCUCGACCUAUCUCUUUUCAACACACUCAAAGGGAAACACCAGCUCGCAACCCAACUCAAAACCGCCAUCAGCACGCUCGGCUUCUUCUACGUUACAAACUUCGGACUCCCCCCCACAAAAAUCGAUGAGCAAUUUGGAAUCGCGCAAUCUCUAUUCAACAUGCCCGCAGAUGAGAAAAUGAAAUUCCGCGUCGAUGCAAAGAAGCAAGGGUUCUUCGGGUACAAACCGGCCGGCUCACGUCCCGCUAAAUUCGGACUUCGAGAUAAUCUAGAACUGUUUGAUGAUCCGAAAUAUUCUGAUCCCUAUAAGGCCACCGAACGUCCGGCAGCACUGGAGAAUAAGAGAAAGGAGUGUGAGGAAUUUGGACGACAUAUGCAUUUUCACGUCCUAUACCGUCUCCUUUAUCUGUGUGGAAUUAUUAUGGAACUCCCAACCCCAUCAGCACUCUGGGACUUGCGUAAUUAUGAUGAAGAAAGCCAGUGCCACUUACGGUAUAUGUUGUAUCACCCUCGAACGCCUGCCGAGCUGGAAAUCAUGGAGAAGAACAAGCUAGAGGAGAAUGUAUACGGCCAUACCGAUUUCGGGUCGCUUACUUUGUUGAUGCGGCAACCGGUUGCGGGACUACAGGUUAGGGUUGAGGACGCAAAUGGAGAGAAGAAGUGGAAGUGGGUGAGGCCGGUAGAGAACAGCUUAACGGUGAAUGUCGCCGACACGUUGAGUUUUCUAACGGGCGGGUACCUCAAAUCUACUGUCCAUCGUGUCGUGCUCCCUCCUUCGGACCAACGCCAUGUUCCCCGCUAUGGGGUUAUCUAUUUCUCGGGUCCGAAUGACAAUACGCUUCUCCGGCCUAUCGAGAGUCCAGUGCUGAAGAGAAUCUUGGGCGAAAAACCAAGGGAGGGGGAGAAUGUAGGGUUGCAAGGGAGGGACUUGCCUCCGGAUACGACGACGGCUGGGGAAUGGGUUCGAGUCAGGUUCGGCAGUAUCGAUAAAAAUUAUCAGACGAAUAAAGAUAAUGCGGUAGAGAUUGGAAAUCGGAGUACAGUGGUUAUGAACCCCGUUUGGAAUCACCAUAGCUUAUUCUUCGGACUAAGCGGCAAACCCAUAUAUUUAUACCUUAUGUCCUCCGAUACUCAUUUCAACCAUGACGUCAAGUGUACUCGAUGUUAUGGAUAUCAAAACCUAGAUAUGGACACCCCCGGCAUGAAUGCUCACAGAUCUGCGAUACACACUAACGAAACGGUAACAGACUGGAAAAUUGCAGAGAUCCUGUCCAUGAUAAGACUGAAGCAAGCGCGGAGAAAACAUAAUGGCAAUAGUGGGCAUGGGGCGAUUCGACUCAGUUUUCCAUUCACGGGUCAGCUAGCAUUCGCAAGCCAAGGGGCAUAA